UUCAAAAGUUAACCGACAUUUGAUCUGUCAACGUGCUGCUGCAAGUUGCCUUCCGAAAGGACAAUUUACUCAUUGUUGAAAUUUAGGCAGAGUGUCUGUGCAUAAAAUAAAUCUAAACUUUGUCGGUGAUUUGUGUUUUUCAAUUGUUAAUAUUCGUUAACCACGCGGAAAAGAUUACUGUAUUUAAAUAUAAGUCGAGGAGCACAAGGCACGUGCCCGUGACCGAGACACGUCUAAGACAAUGAAUAUGCUGAAUGCCCAACUGCUGCUCCUGGCGCUCUUCUGUCUGGGAUACGUUAGCUGCUCGCCAGCAAUCGGUGGACAGGAGCCACGCAGCCAAGUCGGAAGAGAUGUCGAUGGCGAUAGCGAUAUGCUAAUGAGUCCUGUCGAAGAUGUGCAGGAUAAUGGGGGCGAUAUCGAUAAACGAAUGGAACGCUAUACCUUUGGAUUAGGUCGACGCGCCUAUAUGUACACGAAUGGAGGUCCUGGUAUGAAGCGUCUGCCGGUGUACAACUUUGGACUCGGCAAGCGAUCGCGUCCUUAUUCCUUUGGUCUGGGAAAGCGCAAUGAUUAUGAUUACGAUCAAGAAAAUGAGAUUGAUUACAGGGCGCUACCUCCGGGCUACAUGGCAUCUGCAGGAAGGGGAGGCCGACAAAAUAAACGGACGACGCGUCCACAACCUUUCAACUUUGGUCUGGGUAGGCGUUAAGCUCGCCUGUCCUCCAGUAGCACACAGAUGACAUACAGAUCCCAAUUCCAGCCGUGUGCCAUUUGUGAGAGGCCAAAGUAAACUUUGACUAUUAACUAAAGCUGUUUACUUGGCUCAGACUUGUACAAAAGUCAAACAUAAAUUACAUUUCAAACGACUAAUCUAAAAUUCGAAAACUUUUUCGAAACGAAAGGAUAGCACAUUUUAAUUUAAGUUAUUCAAUUGAGGCGUUGAACUGCAGCAAAAUUUUAGUUUUAAAAGCAAAAAGAAAUGGCAACCAAAAAAAGAGAUAAAAUUCUACAAAAAUACAAAAAAAAAA